AAACAGGGCCGCGCGCCGCUGGCGGCAGCACUCCGCGCCAUGUCGCUACCACAGCUACAGCUGCUGCUGCUGGGAGCCGUGCUGACGUCACGGGCCGCGCCCGACUGCAGCGCCGGCGAGGCGGCGGCGGCGCUGGACGAAGACCGGUUCCUGGGCGUGUGGUACAACAUCAAGCAGACGACCUGGGACUGGCCUGAAGGUCGCGACCUCAAGUGCCCGAACAAUAUCUUCAGCAAGGUCGGCGAAGGAGAUCUCAUCAUGGACGUCGGCUUCUACAACAAAUCGUCAUCAUCUGCAGUAAACUUCAGAAAUACUCUUCACAAGUCUACACCAGGAUCUACAAAUGGAAAGUAUGACGGCGGCAGAGAAGGAGGACGUAACUACACCGUGCACGUGGUGAAGACAGACUACACCAGCUAUGCCUUGAUGCGGGCAUGCGGCUACAAGCAAAACAGCGAAGAAACAUACGUGUCGAACUACUUGCUGGCGCGGGAAGACCACCCCAGUGCCGCGGUGCUGAACACUCAGAUGCCGCCUGGCAGCUACUCUCUCUAUGACCACGAAGACUGCCCUCCGGUCUCGUCACCCUGAGCUGCCCUGAGCCGCCCUGAGCUUCCCUGAGCCGCCCUGAGCUGCCCUGAGUCGCCCUGCGCCAUCCAGAGCCACCCUGAGCUGCCUUGCACCGCACUGAGCUGCUCUGAGCCGCCCUGCGCCGUCCAGAGCCGCCCUGAGCUGCCUUGCACCGCACUGAGCUGCUCUGAGCCGCCCUGCGCCGCCCUGAGCCGCCCUGAGCUGCCUUGCACCGCACUGAGCUGCUCUGAGCCGCCCUGAGCUGCCUUGCACCGCACUGAGCUGCCCUGAGCCGCCCUGAGCUGCCCUGAGUCGCCCUGCGCCGUCCAGAGCCACCCUGAGCUGCCUUGCACCGCACUGAGCUGCUCUGAGCCGCCCUGCGCCGUCCAGAGCCGCCCUGAGCUGCCUUGCACCGCACUGAGCUGCUCUGAGCCGCCCUGAGCCGCCCUGAGCUGCCCUGAGCCGCCCUGAGCUGCCCUGAGUCGCCCUGCGCCGUCCAGAGCCACCCUGAGCUGCCUUGCACCGCACUGAGCUGCUCUGAGCCGCCCUGCGCCGUCCAGAGCCGCCCUGAGCUGCCCUGCGCCGUCCAGAGCCGCCCUGAGCCGCCCUGAGCUGCCUUGCACCGCACUGAGCUGCUCUGAGUCGCCCUGCGCCGUCCAGAGCCGCCCUGAGCUGCCCUGCGCCGUCCAGAGCCGCCCUGAGCCGCCCUGAGCUGCCCUGCACCGCACUGAGCUGCCCUGAGCCGCCCUGAGCCACCCUGAGCUGCACUGCGCUAUGUGUAGUCCCAUAGUAAACCUACCUUCUAGCGCU